GCGAGGCGAUUGUUGACAAACUCGCCUCCGAAGGCGGCCCCGGCUGCGGCGGCGGCGGCGGCGGCGGCGGCGGGAGUCUCGGGGCCCGGAGCUGUCCAGGCUUCCCCAGCCCGUCCCCCGCCUCUGUGACCGUCCGGACGCCGCUCGAGCCUCCGCAGCUCCCGCCACCCCAAGCAGCCGGUCACCUGGAGACAAAGCAGGAGCCUCGCUCUCUCCACACCCGCAGGGCCGUUCUCAGCCCCUAGUCCUUGCCUGCGGGCCGCCGACCCCGCCCAGGCCGGCUGGGCUGAAGACCCCAAAGGCCGCCCCCUCCCUAGCUGCAGCACCGACCCUCCUUCAACUUCCUCCCUUUUUCUCCCGGUGCGCCGCGGACACGCUCCAAAUCUAAGCGAUCACCACGGCCACUGGCACGCAUAUCUGCGCGCACCCGUGGCCACUGCAGACAGCGAACGUAUCCACACCCCCAUUCCCAGCGUCCCGCGGGUCUUCCACUACCAGCACCAGCACCAACACCGAGUAACAGGCCUUCGAGGGCACCGCACCGCCAGCCAGCACUGCAAGUGAGUCGCGGUGCCCGGGUCUCUACGACAGUCCGGCCCCCGGAUGCAGCAGGUUCUGCUGCUCGAGGCUCGUCCACUGCGUGGCCGCGGCAGUCGGAGGAAGCCCUCGGUCUCCCGCUGUCUAUGGAUGGUGCGGCUGGUAUCGUCUGCAGCGCACUCGCAGACCGGGCAGGGCUCCCAGACACGUCCGAGAGAACGAACGCAGUAGCUGCCCUGAAACCUCGGCCUGAAUGGGUACAAGGAAAAGCCGAGUCCCGUCAGUUCAAUAACCACCUCAGUUCCGCAAAUCCUCCGCAACGGGCCCAAGCACCCGAGAAAAGUCAAGGCUCCAGACCAGCUCGUACCGCGCAGCCGCUACUCGGGGGUCUCCGGGAGCCGGCCGCGAGGCUCUGGCCGGCUGCCGCAGCCCAGUGUCGUGGAGCGGGGCCCCAGCUCCCGGGACAGAGCGGAGAGCACGCGCUGCCUUCCCAGCCGGCCCUGAGAAGCUUCACCACUCCCUCGCGCGGAAUCCCGGCCCGAGCCGUACUUCGGCCAAGUGCCCGUAGCCUUUCCACGGAUGACCCCUCACCAAACUGGACCUGCAGGGGAAGGGAACCCGACCCGCCUGAUCGCCGCCUCCCGCCCAGCGACAAGUGGGACGGGUACGUGCAUCUCUGCCUGCACGUGCUCGGGAAGGGAGCAGGAGGUGGAGCCGAUCUGACUCCGGUGUUUGUGUUCCGUCGGCACCCGGCCCGCUCCCGGGGAUUCGGAGGUAUUUACCUUGCGUUUCUCAGUCCGAGAGUCAGAGUCAGACAUUGGGGGGACGAGGGCCAGGGAAAGGGCGCCGAGGGGGUGGCGGCGGGAGCGGGGCGAAGCGAGCAGCCCGCGGCGAUGCUGGCCGCAGUUGGGCUGGGGCGCGCAGAGCGACUUCAAGAAUCCGGUGGCAGUGGUGGCGGCGGCGACGCGAGACGGAGCGCUCUCACAAGAUCAGAACCUGGAGGGUGCGCGGAGCGAAGUGAAACCUGCACAGCCCUGCAGCUCGGCUCUGGCUGGUGGCCCCGCGCCCGCACCCAAUCACUGUGAGCUCCGCCCCCGCUGGGUCCCGCCCCGGCGCGCGGGCUGGCAAGCCCCGCCCCCGCCGCGCAGCAGCCGCUGGCGCUUUCAGGCUCCGACAGGGACACCUAGCCUGUCUCCCGCGCGGAACCUCCGAUAAGAGGCAGAGCCCUUGGCGGGGCGAGUGAAGAAAGAGGCCAGGAGCUGAUCCCCGGAGGCGUCUGUUCCGUAGCCCCGAAGCGAGAAGGGGCUGAGCGCAGAGCAGAAGGAAGGGUCCUCAGUUGCAGAGGAGCAAGUCAGCGAGGCGUUUGUCCCGCUGCUGGCCACCUCGGUCAGUUUUACGCUGCAUAAGCAGACAUGGAACGUCAGCGAGACAGCACAGCCCCUGGUUAAAGUCUUCUCAGCACAUCCUCCCGCGAAUCCUGAGCGAAGUGUGGGAGGCCAGGGGUUCCCGGAUGGACUCAAGGACCCAUGGCCGGUUCUGCCUCGGGAUUUCGUCGCAAGAGGGAGAGGACGAGGGCGUGCACGCGGCGAAGUGGACGCAGAGGCCAGAUGUCUACCCUGACCGUGGCUUGGAGCUGCUGCCUUUGACCUCAGGUGGCGGCCACGGGUGAUCUCUGAGCCUUAGCCGCCCGGUGUAGUAGCACCCCGGGGAAAAUAACAGAACUCCUGUGCCCGCUGGGAGCCCCAAACCCGACCUAGUGCUCCGAGCUCUCCGUGGGGUUGGGCGACGCAGACGGGGACAGGAAAAGAACCACGCAGAAGCCGUAGUGGUUGUCAUCUGCUUCUGUGCAGCUCCGCCGCCCCCGCGUCGUCUGCUUUAGCGACCCUGUGAACACUUUAAAACAACAACAACAAAAAAUAAAACACACACACACACACCAAAAAAAUCAAAGGCAUCAGGGAAAGCAAAUGGUUAAGCGCACUUAUUUGGGACACGAAGAGGAGGUCCUCUCGGAGUCUGCUGUUCAUGCAGCCCAGACUGUGCUGGGGAGCUUUGGCAGAACACCCCGCGCUCUUCCCGCCCUCUCCCACAGGGGCCGGAGGUCCUCUGGAAAGGGACGGUGUGGGAAGAGCAGGUGGGCUCUCUGCUCCGGUCCGGUCCUGGAUGUCGCCCUCGCAGACACAAGCAGAGCUAUGCCCACUCCUGCCUCCGCCGGAGAGGAGGAGAGGGAGUAAGGAGGAUGGCUUGGACUGAGAGAAAGGAGCAAGAAUGAAGUGGGGCAAUGAUCUGAAAAAUGAGAUAGGAAAUCUACAGCCCUUGCCCAGACCACAGGCGUUGCCGGUGUGGUGUCUCCGAGUUCCGAAAUCGACUUAACUGAAAUGUACGGCCCUAGCCCGCCUCCCCAUCCUCGGAAGUAGCCGGAGCGCCUUCCCACCGCUUAAUGUCUUUAUUAAACUUUGUAUCUAUGUUCCUCUAAAGAA